CAACAUCACGGGAGCAACAUGAACCGACCUCCGAGUUUUCCGCCCAACGCCAUCGUCGUGGCCAUCGUCGUCGUCGUGUGUUAAGUUUGUUUUGAGUUUUUCCGUAUCAAAAUGUGCAAAACGAUUUCAGUCUAAUUCAGACGCUCGUGCUGAGAAGACUUUUGGCCCUGUUUGUUGGCCAUAAUAGCCAAAUACACACAGAACACGGAACACGGAACACAGUACUCGACCAGAACGGAACACGACCCAUAACGAAGCCACCCAGAACGAGGCUGACACUGAAACUGAAACCGAAACUCUACUAACUGGACUUAACGGGAAAAGAAUAACGGUUACGAGGCGGGCUAAUUGCCAAAUGGCCACGUAGUGCGCGUAACGUAACGUAUACGUAAUUUACACACACUUGCCAACACACGCACACCCAUACACACUCACACUCACAUGUACAUGCCCACUCUCAGUUGAGCGCCGUAACUGUAAUUGUCGCGUUUCUGGAUUCCUGGCGCUAUGUAACUACGAGGCGCGUAUUACGAGUCGAUUACGUUUCGAUUGGCGAUUAACGAUCGAUAACUUUUUGUGUCGAUCGAACAAAAAAAAAACAAAAUGGCGACGGCGCAAUCGGAAACGGAAGCGGGCAUGCCGGCCGAGCAGCAGGCCCAUGUGACGCAGAGGCAGCGGAAAGGCGGCACGGGAUCGGGAGCAGGAUCACCGAAGAGUAAUCGGAGCUCUCCCAGCCAGGAGGAGAAGCAGGCCAAGAGCGAAGAUCGCAACUCCCCAGCCGGCCCCGGGUCCGGUGGUGGUGUAAAGGACGAGGACAAGGACAACCCGGGGGCAAGCGGUGUCGGAGGAUCCUCGCCCGUCAGCUCGCCCCAGGGCAGGAGCUCCUCGGUGGCCUCGCCCAGCUCCACCUCGCAGCAGUUCUGCCUGCGAUGGAACAACUACCAGACCAACCUGACCACCAUCUUCGAUCAGCUGCUCCAGAACGAGUGUUUCGUGGACGUAACCCUGGCCUGCGACGGCCGCUCCAUGAAGGCCCACAAGAUGGUCCUGUCGGCUUGCUCUCCAUACUUCCAGACCCUGCUGGCGGAGACCCCCUGCCAGCAUCCCAUCGUGAUCAUGCGGGACGUCAACUGGUCGGAUCUGAAGGCCAUUGUGGAGUUCAUGUACCGCGGCGAGAUCAACGUCAGCCAGGACCAGAUUGGUCCGCUGCUCCGGAUCGCGGAGAUGCUGAAAGUGCGCGGCCUGGCGGAUGUCACCAACAUGGAGGCGGCCACAGCAGCUGCCGCAGCGGCCUCCGAGAGCCGGAUUCCCUCCCCGAAGGAGGGAACAUCCGCAUCCAGGACUGAGACGGAGCGGGAGGCCGAGGAGCUGCUGGCCUUCAUGCAGCCGGAGAAGAAGCUGCGCACCGACUGGGAUCCCGCCGAGCUGAGACUGUCGCCGCUGGAGCGGCAGCAAGGCCGGAACGUAAGAAAGAGGCGGUGGCCCUCGGCGGACACGAUCUUCAAUCCCCCCGCACCACCCAGUCCGCUGAGCAGCUUGAUCGCCGCCGAGAGACUGGAGCUGGAGCAGAAGGAGCGGGAGAGACAGCGGGACUGCUCCCUGAUGACGCCGCCGCCCAAGCCGCCGAUGAGCGGUGCUGCGGUGGGAGUGGGAGCUGCCGGAGCAGCCAGGCGCCUCGAGACGGCCAUCCAUGGCCUGGAGAUGCCCUCGCCGUCAGCCACCCCAGGACCUCUGUCCCGAUCCUCGCGCACCCACUCCCAGAGUCCCCAGCAGCAGCCGGGCGCCAGUCAGCACCCGCUGCCUCUGCCCCUCCAUCCCCACCAUCAUGCAUCACCUGCCCCCCACCCCGCCCAGGCAGCCGCGGCCGCCCACCAUCCGCCAUCGCCCGCUGCAGACUCGCGGUUCCCCCUCGGACCCGCCGCCGCCAUGGCCGCUGCCAUGGAGCUGAGUGGCCUGGGACCAGGACCGCCCGCCGAGCCACGCCUUCCGCCCCCACCGUCGCACCACCAUGGCGGGGGCGGUGGAGGAAGCGGAGUAGGAGGCGGAGGAUCAGGUGCCGGAGGAGGAUCCUCUCUAGCCGAUGACCUGGAGAUCAAGCCGGGAAUCGCCGAAAUGAUUCGAGAGGAAGAAAGGGCCAAAAUGAUGGAGAACUCUCACGCCUGGAUGGGCGCCACAGGAUCCACGCUGGCAGCAGACAGCUACCAGUACCAGUUGCAGUCCAUGUGGCAAAAGUGCUGGAACACCAACCAGAACCUGAUGCAUCAUAUGCGCUUCCGCGAGAGAGGUCCUCUAAAGUCCUGGCGACCCGAGACCAUGGCCGAGGCCAUCUUCAGUGUGCUGAAAGAGGGCCUCUCCCUGUCGCAAGCCGCCCGCAAGUAUGACAUUCCGUAUCCCACUUUCGUCCUGUACGCCAAUCGGGUGCACAACAUGCUGGGACCCUCGAUCGAUGGCGGGCCGGAUCUGAGGCCCAAGGGGCGGGGCAGGCCACAGCGGAUUCUGCUGGGCAUAUGGCCGGACGAGCAUAUCAAGGGUGUUAUCAAGACGGUGGUGUUCCGGGACGCCAAGGACCUUAAGGACGACAGCAUCGGCUCGCACUUGCCGCCCUACGGUCGCCACUCGCCCGUGUUUCCCAUGCAGGAUCUCCCCCUCAGCUAUCCUGGAGCGAGUGGCGCCCUAGCCGGGCCGCCAAGCUCCCUGGCCUGUCCCAACGGCAGCGGACCCCAGGGCGGGGUCGGAGGAGAGCCGCACAUGUCGCAGGAGACUGCCGCAGCGGUGGCCGCCGUGGCGCACAACAUCCGGCAGCAGAUGCAGAUGGCCGCGGCCGUGCAGCAUCAGCACGGGGAGGCGGGGCCGCCGCCCGUUCCACCCGGCCUGUUCAACCUGCCCCCUCAUCCGGGGGUGGGUUCGGUGCCGGUUCCGGGAUCGGGCGGAGGCAGGGCCAGCAUAUCACCGGCCUUGAGCAGUGGCAGUGGUCCACGGCACGCGCCAUCGCCCUGCGGUCCCGCCGGCCUGUUGCCGAAUCUGCCGCCCAGCAUGGCCGUCGCUCUGCACCACCAGCAGCAGCAGGCGGCGCACCACCAGCAGCAGCAACAGGCGGCGCACCACCACCUGCAGCAGCUCCACCUGCAACAACAGCAGCAGCAAGCCGCCCACCUGCACCACCAGCAGCAGCAGCAACACCAACAGCACCACCACCACCAGGUGCCCCACAAGUCCGUUGGCGGUAGUGGUGGUGGAGCUGGUGGUUUCGGUGCCAGUUCCUCCUCUCAGUCCUCGACCCAUCCCUCCAAGGCCAAGGGAAGUCCUCUGCGCAGCGAAACCCCCCGGCUGCACUCUCCGCUCGGCGAUCUCGGCCUGGACAUGGCCGGCUACAAGAGGGACUUCUCGCCCAGCCGCCUCUUCGCCGAGGACCUGGCCGAACUGGUCGGCGCCAGUGUCUCCUCCUCCUCGUCCUCCCAGGCGGCAGCAGCCGGCGCUGUGGCCGGAGCCGAUAGAUCAGGUGCAGGAUCCUCUGGAGUGGAUGCCCCCAGCUCGUCGAGUGCCGCGCCAGGAGCCAUCAAGGUGGAACCCAUCACCACGACCAGCGAGUAAAGGGAUAAGAAUUUAAACUCGAAAUGAUGAAUGAAAGUUAUGAAAGGAUGAGUGAAAAGGGAGGGAUCUAAAAUCUGAAGCCAAUCAGGAGCAGUUCCCGGCAGCUUCAAAAGCACAUCUGUAAACACCUACACCUUGGAGAGUUUUCGAAAUAUUUUUCAAAUAUUAAUUUUAAAAAUAUUAAAAACUUAUUAUUAGCCAGAUCCUUUAAGAGGAACUCCAUAAACUAAAUCCACAACUAAAAAACUCAAGCAAUAGACCAGAAAAUAUUAGUAAUACUAAUAUUUAAAAUAAUUAUUUGAAGGAACCACAAAAGUUUCAGAAUUUUUUAAAGAUUUUUAAACCAUAACAGCUUCUCAUGUUUUAAGUUUUUAAAACUAAGUAUGUAAAUAAGCAAAAUCAAAAGAGUGUAUAAGGUUUCGCUGUAUUUGGCCUAAAACUAAAAAUUAAGCUCAGUUAUUUAAAUAUAUAAGUUGAAGGAUAGCAGGAUCCAAGGUGUAGGUGCUUCGUAUAUGAAUUAGGUGCUAGUUUUCCUCUAGCUUCCUCUACGCGAUCUUUGCCACCUAGUUUCUAUUCCUAGCGUACUUAUUGAAUCAAAAUUGAAAGUAUUAUUAUGUUAUAGUUCUUCAGUCUAACUAAAUAAAUAGCGAUCGAUCUCUUUAGUUUGUAAGCAAACACGGAUGUGGAAGAUGGUGACCCGGAACAUUCCACGGAAAUAGAAUUCAAACCUAAACAGAAACUGAAACUGAAACUGAAAGCCAGUCCCCAGCAGCAUAAUACUAAUUAAAUGUAAAAUCAAAAGAGUUUAAGCGGAUUUAACUUGGUAAUUGUGUGCCCGAAUAUUAUUUAGAUUAUUAUUUCAAAAAGCAAAAAGAUCAAAUGUACAAAAUUACUAAAAAAAAAAAAAACUAUAAAAAAUUAAAUAAGAGAAGCUAAUAUUAUGCUUCUCAAGUGGAAUCAACUAAAAUUAAUGUUUAGGCUUAACGAAAAAAAUUUAAAAAAAAGAUUCACAAAAAAUGCCUUUCGGAAUUAAAUUCAGCGAUGAAGAAAAUCGCAAACAAAAUUUGUAAAAAAAAUAACGUAAACUAAAAAAAAAAAAAAAACAAGUGAAAUUUUUUAAAAACGUAUUUAUACAAGCGAAAUUUUUAGACAAAAUUUAGAAGCAAAAUUUUUGUAUAACGAUAACUGCUGCGAUCUGUUCUGGCACUGUCGGGCGACUUAAUUUCGGAUUAUUGGAUAUGGAUACCCGGACGUUAGUUAACCCUUGUUAUUAACCCUUGCUCUGCUCCCCCCACUAGAUCCCCUUCUAAAGUGCCUUUUCUAGCCUUAAUUUGGACUCUGCUCCACUUCUGCUCCCCAAAAAACGCCUUCAGGCCGCAGGCAUAUGGCAGCAGGAUUCGUUGGUUUAUUUGAAAAGUCUGGCGACAUUAUGAGGACGAUAUAUAUGUGUAUGCUGAGGAUAAUGCAUAUAUAUGUAUUAUGUUUUGUUGACACCUUUAGGCGUACUUUCGGCAACCGUUUCGUUUGGCAAGCACACAAUUGAUUAAUCGGACAAAAGUUAAUUACGAUAAUGGAUAAACACGACUAUUUUUGCAUACGAACUCAUGCAAGAACUCAUCUACAAUAGCCAUAGCCCGUAUAUACCCUAUAUAUACAAUCCACUCACACGAUAUAAGCAUCUCUAUGUAAUCCCCCCAUCCCCCAUAGACACCCCAUUUGAUGUUCCACACACACACACACACACACGUAUCGAAAACCUAUUGAAUUAAUUUUCGGAAUAGAAUGUAUAAUGUAAAGAAUGGCAAGAGUUAGAAAUAUAAAAAAUAAAUCUCCUGGAUAUGUGUAUCUCUGUACGGCCUGGACGCGUCCAAGUCCAAGUCCAAAAAACUCAACAUUUUCUAUCAACUUUAGUGCAAACUUUAUGUUCAAAUUAACUUUAAAUGUCGAAA